AUGGCUUCGGCAGCAGCCAAGACGUUCCGCACGGGAACAAAGCAGGUUUUCCUGCCCGACCAUAUAGUAACACUUUGCCGACCGCAACGGCCUCAACCGCCGCAGUUUGCAACGUUCCAAGUGCCUUUGACCUUCAAUAAGCUCGACAUCCGCGACUACCUCCUGCAUGCCUACAAGAUUAAGACCCUCGGCGUGCGGUCACACCUGGCACAGCGCCCUCCCCGACUGUCAGCAUACACGGGGCGCAUCGGACGGCCGCCGCCUAUCAAGUACAUGACGGUCGAGCUGGAGAAGCCGUUUGUGUUCCCAGCCGAGCCCGCCGAGGAGGAGCACAAGAAGUGGCACACGGAGGAGAUGCAAAAGCGCGUCGACAUGGAGAAAGAGUACGCCGACCGCGCCCGCUCCUAUCGCGAGAAGGGCACCCUCAUCUCGCCCACCAUGCGCCGCCGUGACGAGGACCGCAACAUGCUCGCCAAGCAGGCUCAGGACCUGCUCGAGGGCAAGGUCAAGUGGGGCAAUGAGAGGACGCUCGACCCGAGGUGGCAGAACAGUCAGGACCAGUCGUGA